AUGAAGAGUGUUGUUAGUGGCGGACUUGGAAGGGGUGCGUUAGGUGCAGUUGCAUCCCAUCAGAAAAAUCCUAGAUCCACCACUAAAUUGUGUAGAUGUUUCAGAACUAGUGAGACAAUAAAGAUAAAUGGUACAACAGUACCCGAUGAAAACGAGCUAAAUCAUCAUGGAUCAUUUGUUGUCGUCAAACAUCUGUUGUCUUUUGGAAAUAUUGGGGAUUAUGUGAUGAUUAUUUUGGGUGUUCUUGCAGCUGCUAUUUAUGCUAUUGGACAUAUGUUUUUUGUUCUACUUUUUGGACAAGUAGUCAGUUUAUUCGUCUCACGCAUGACAAAUCUUCAAUGCAACAAUCAGAAUUUAACUUCAUGCAUAUCGAAUACUACAGGAUUUAAUAGCAGCAUAUCGAAUGCCAGUCUUUGUUCAACUGGUAAUCAAACGAAUACAAAUACAGCUAAUAGCCAAGAUAGUACCGAUUCGUUUCAUAAUGAUGUUCACGCAAAAGUGAUUCUACUUGUCGUGGUUGGUUUAAUUCAAUUGGUGGUCUGUUAUUUUCAAUAUAUAUUCUUUGAAUUAGCCUCAACUCGAUUGACAAAUCGAAUACGAAUUGAUCUUUUCAAAGCAACUCUUGCUAGGAAUGUAUCAUAUUUCGACACUACAAAAAUAUCAAUCAAUAAUCUAUUUGAUAAUCUUGCUAUAGUUCAAUCUGGUAUUGGUUGGACAAGCUCAGCAGUGUUGUCUGGUGCAAUUUUUGUUGUUGCUGGCCUUAUUCUUGCAUUUAUUACAGAUUGGACACUUACUUUAAUCGUAAUAGCUUCGGAACCAUUGAGCGUAGGUGCUGCAUUUAUGUUAUCGAAGCUGACGGCUCAAACAACUAUUUCAGAAAUGAAAUCCUAUGGACAUGCAGGACAAGUCGCCGAAGAAGUACUUACGACUUUUCGUACUGUUACUGCAUUUAAUGCACAAAAUAGUGAACAGACACGAUACGCCUCAAAAUUGAAAAAUAACACAAAAUAUGCACUUCGCAAAGGAUUUAUGUAUGGUUGUUAUGUCGGAAUACUUUCGAUUUUCACUUAUUGGACGACAGCACUCGGUUUUCUUGCAGGAAUAUGGCUGCAAACAACAGGAUUACAUCCUACACUUGAUAUUAGUCAAAUCGUCGUGGUUGUCACAUUAGUAACUGAAGGAAUACAGUUUCUUGGUUAUUUAGCGCCAAGUAUGAAAACAUUUCUUGAUGCAUGUGCUGUUGCGUGGCCAAUUCUACAGUAUAUUGAGGAAGCCGAGGUAGGCAUUUAUAUUAGUAGAUUAGUUGCUGAUGACUUAAUCAUAUUUUAAGGAGAUCAGUAUUAACUUGUGACUGAACUAAUUUCUUGUAUUCUUUAUUACUAGAU